AUGCGUGCUCCAGCGCUCCAGCUACUCAGCACCUCAUCAUCUCAGUGCCCCAGUAUCUCAGCGCCUCCGUAUCUCAGCAUCUCAACAAGUCAGCAAGUCAGCGCCUCAGCAUCUCAACAAGUCAGCAACUCAGCGUCUCGACACUCCACCACUACAAUGGAUCAAUCAGAGACGUCGGAGCGUGCCGUGUACGUAACACCUCAUGAUGGAUCCAUAAUCCUGCGACAGAAUGCAUAUGCCGAUCUGAGACCUUUCAUUGAGCAACUAUGGGAAGAUCGUCGCGCCAUGUGCUGCAACAUCUACCUCGAUGAGUUUCCGCGUGGUACUGCCGGAAAAGGCGCCACCAAAGAAGAAGAGGAUGCAUUCCUGCUUGGAUACUUUUCUGAACGCGAAUUCCACCUUCAGGGCGGUCGAUUCCUGAAGCAAGUCCUCUACGCCAUCGCCAAGUUUAACGAAGACAGCGUCCUCUCUCACGCCGAGAAGUGGUGGAGAGAGUACAACUUCUGCGCCAGCUCUGGUAUGGACGCUGCUCAGAUAAGACAAGUUCUUGACUUGCAUCAAGCAGCCAAUUUCCCUGAUUCCUUCUUGAAGCGCGUCGUCCUGCUCAUCAGUGAUGGCUUUAGACGUUUCUAUGGCCCACAGGACCAGCAUUCUAUUGACGCAGCUGAGUCUGCUGUAGAAAUUGUGCCAACCACUGCCGAGCAACACUUCCAGGAGCAGCAGCACAGGCACAGAGCAGUCUCGAUUCAUGACGAUCAUGUCAGACACGGCAAUGGUCGUCCACGCCAGUUCCAUAAGAAAGAAUACCGUGGUCGUAAUCGCCGUGCUUCGAUGAGUCCAAUGAUCACGCCACUACAACACAUGUCUCCCAGCUUCCCUGAGUUCGAUGCUACAGCCCAGUCUUACACACCAGUUGUUGGCUUCCCAAUGCAACCCGAUGGUCCGUUUGUUGGCUACUAUUCGCCUCCGACGUAUGCCCCUGAACCUCGCAUGCCUCCUGAUCUCCUUGGAUCUGCUUACUAUCCUGAUACCAUCGUGCAUCAACGCAAUGGCUCAUUCAGCCAGCGCCCUCGUCCGAGAUUGGUUGACCCACACUCAUUUGCACGAUUCGGUGAAGAACGUUUCGCUCAACAGCGUUCGUAUGCGCCUCCAUACAAUCAGAGAGGCAAUGGCCAUCGGUCCUCUUUCAACUCUACUAGGCCUCGCCGAUCGUCGCUUCGCUCUGGUGAUGCAUGGCAAGGCAGGCAAUUCGAGAGAAGAGUUUAUUCCGACCAUCGCGCUUAUGCCCAUUCAACCGAACGCAACUACAGAACUAGAGAGCACCGCUCUUACUCGGUACAAACUCAAGAGAAUGCCACAACUAUCGAGAUCGAGAACGAUCACAAUGCGUUGCCAUCGUUAUCUGAGGACAAUUCUGUCGACAAGGAGUUUGACAAGCAGGAUAGUUCUCCCAAAACUACCGAGGAUGACAGUUUCCAGACUGCCGUCGAGACCCCCACUGCAACACCCACUGAGAAAUUAGUGUGUAAAAAUGCACAGUCUGUUCCCAACUCGCCUCAUAGCACCCUUGAGAGCGAUGAGGACGCACCUGAUGCUAUCUCCCCUGAUGAUUCUUCUCCUGAUGGUGCUUCCUCCGACGGCAUUUCCCACGACGAUGUUGUCGCUGAUGGUAUUUCUCCUGUAGGCAAUCCUCUCUCCGUCGCACCGUCCGAGAAGGAAACGCUAUGCCAGAAUGCAGAGUCUGUGUCACCCCAUGUCACUACCACCACGGAGAGCGGAGAUACCACAGAUAUUGUACCCAGCGGCCAGCAUUUGACUACAGAUAUCCAUACAUCUCAAAGCACAGCUUCAAAGCCAGGUCCGAAGCAGACUGAGUCUUUCAGCCCUUUCGCACGCCGAGCAAAUAUGAAGAAGGACUCCAAGCAAAAGUUAGGAAAGUCGAAGAGUAAGGCCAAACCUGAGCCGGUGAAGCCGAAGCAAUCGAUGGUCGAUACUCCAGUGAAUACCGGUGAGCUAUGUCAAGAGAGUAUUGAAACUCAUGAGAGGGAUGUCGAUGUCGACAAUUCAAUCAGUGCAAGCGCGAGCUCCUUAACAGAGAUUCGCACAGAGCACGCUGAGAACGACAACAUGAAUGUUGAGAACCCCGGACGCUCAGAGCCUAGGAGUCUCCAAAAGCAAGACGACGACCAAUCGAAGCACCACACAGACUCGGCUACACCACAAAUGCUUUCGACGCUGUCGUCGGUUACCGCACUUCUCAGUGGCGCACUGAGUAGUAUGAGCUCAAACAAGUCGAAGAAGGGAGACGAUAGCUCCACAGCCUCCGUGCAAAAUGAGGUUCCAGCCGCUGCACCCAAGAAGAAGAAGUCAAAGAAGACCAAGAAGAAGAAGAAGGUUAAGACUACCACUCAAGCCCCUGACGGCGACUCUACCGAAACCCUGGCCAACGAGACACCUGUCGGAUCUCCUCCUUCGAGCAAGACGUUUACCUUGCGUGAAAACACCAACAUACUCGAUACUCGUCUGUCGAGCCUGAACAUCAGAGAAGGCUCGAUUGUUGAGCUUCACGAGAAUAAGAUUGGCUACCGCACCCAUCUCCCUGACCAGCAACAAGAGAACCUCUCUUCUAAGCACAACGAACUGGUGGAGCAAUCAAGACGUAAGAUCCAGGAAAUGCAGGAGCAAGAGAAGCUGCUGAAGCAGAGGAAGUAA